GGUUGUCUUGGUAACUGCAGAAAAAUGUCUUUACCUCCGCUCCCUCAAAAGUUGAAACCAAUUCAACACUAUCUUAAGACAGCAAACGAACAUGAUAAAAGAGAUCCUAUAGUUGCCUACUACUGUCGGAUGUAUGCAGUUCAAAGAGGAAUGCAAUUGGACAGAACAUCUCCAGAAUGCAAGGAUUUUUUGUUCAAACUGAUGGAUUUGUUAGAACAGACUAAGCAAACCUUAGAAGAUAACGAAGCUCUCACCAAUGAAGUUGUUGGCCAAGCCCAUUUAGAGAACUAUGCUCUGAAGGUGUUCUUGUUUGCUGACAAUGAGGACAGAGCAGGAAGGUUUUCAAAAAAUGUGGUAAAAUCAUUUUACACUGCUGGGAUGCUGUUUGAUGUACUCUCAGUGUUUGGAGAAUUAAGUGAAGAUAUUGAGAACAAUCAAAGGUAUGCAAAAUGGAAAGCAACAUAUAUUCAUAAUUGUUUAAAAAAUGGGAUCCAGCCUCAUCCAGGUCCCCUGCCAGAGGAAGGAGAGGGAGAGGAGGAGGGACUGGGGGGAGCAACAGGUGGCCCAGGCCUAGGCUUCAGUAAUGUGUCCCAGCCUGGACCCUCCCAUCCUGGACCCUCCCAGCCUGGUCCAUCUUCUUCCACCUCAUCCCAUCAUUUCCCUGCAGCAGGAGGCAGUGGUGGUACACUCUACCCUCCCCCUUCAGCUGGUACACACGCACCAUCUAACACACCAGCUGCCACACCCACAGCACAACCACAACCACUUCAACCACAACCAGGACCAGCAACCAGCACUUGGACUCCUCAACCAGGGAACGUUCAGCUUAACUCGGCCCAGUACCAGAAAGCUAUCAAAUACUGCAAAUUUGCAGGUAGUGCAUUACAGUAUGAAGACAGUGCAACUGCUAUUGACAAUUUACAAAAAGCUUUAAAAUUACUUACUACAGGAAAAGAAUGAAUAUACUAAUGUGGCAAAAUUUGCAUCUAAUGCCAUCACAUAAGACUGAACUAUUGACUGUGAUUUUCACUGGGACUUGUAAACACAUCUUACCAGGUAGCAGUUGGUGUGUACAUAUGUAAUACAUUGUGUGUAUUUAAAGCAUGCAGAAUAUGCAAAAAGAAGAAAAAGAAAGAAGAAAAUAGCUUUAAUUCAAUAGGAAGUACUCAGCACAAAUAGAUUUAAAGGGAUGCAGUAGACAGGUUUUUAAAAAUAUGAAGGACAUAAUAGGUUUGAAAUUUACUCGUUUGAACCCUUUUGCCUAGAUGAGUUUUAAAGUGGGUUUCAAGAAUCCAUCACCAAUGUGUAUUGUCAAAAGGUGGGUCAGAAAAGAUCCCUCAUAUACUUGGCUUUUACCUGGAUGAAAAAGUUGUUUCAGUCGACUAUGAGCUACAUCUGAACCAGGCACCCACUGAAUGAAUGCAAUGGGAAGUAUCUGACAAUUAGCCAAUAUUCUGCUAAAUAUUAAACACAUAUUCUUCUUUUGCAUUGCUGUGGAAGUACCAGUUGAUAUCUGUUUACAAACAGACGUGUUAUGGAUAAACGCUAUAAUAGUUAUGUAAACGUACUUAGUACUUGGUAAUAUCAACAUUUCAAAUUUUUAUUUGACAUUUCGUUGUUGUUCAAAAGACAUUUAUGGUAAGUAUAACAUUUUCAUGAAGAAAUUUAACAAAAUAACGUACUCUGAAUUUUGAUGAAAAUUGAGAAGAAAGAUUUUCAAAAAAUUAUAAAAAGGAUGAGUCUCUAGAAAGCGCCCCCUUUACCGCCUUGUACAUGUUUUUAAAAUAA